GUCCCAGGCUCAGGCUCAGUCUAACCCAAUGGUCCAGAACAGAGUGAGAAGCAACGCUCUCACCACUCGGCCUCUGGGUUUGUCGCCAUCUGCAUGGCCUCCUCUGCAACAACAGUACCAGAAAAAUGGGUCUGGCAUAAGAACUGUUUUCCUUGGAACCCAAAAUGCUGGUGCCAAAAGGGAGUGCGCUGGAACUGGCGUCUUCUUACCUCGCCAAAUCGGCACCCAAUCUGAAACGAGCAAGAAGACCGGUUGCUCGAUAGUUCUCGUUCCAGCUAGAGUUGUGCAGGCACUGAAGCUGCUGGGAGAGUCGAAGUCGAGCUGGAGGACUGACGAGGAGGUAAUGUCAAUAUACGAAGGGUGGCUGGCCAAGCACGGCAAAGCCUACAACGGAUUGGGGGAGAAGGAGAGACGGUUCCAGAUCUUCAAGGACAACCUCAGCUACAAGCUCGGUCUGAACUCUCUGCUUCAUCGGCGAACCGGUCCAAUUUCCUGGGCACCAAGACCCGUGCUCAGAAGAGGAGGCUCUCCAAACUAGUCAUGCUGCACCAGAAUUUAGCCGAAGAAUUGCAUCUUUAGCAGGGAAUUCUGAAGCAAAUGCAGGUGGAGCGGGCAUGUUGCCCAACAUCACGUGACUGGCCUUUGCAGGUUCAACCGGACCAAGUUCUACCUCACUGUUAACAAAAUCUUAAGUCUGCCUUUGCAAUCCCUCGUCGUCGGAGCGACCUCUCUUCAAGACCUUGAGCGCGGCCUCCCUGCUCUUCUCGACCUUUCCGACCGCGAUCUCUACGCUCUCCAUGAUCUCUACGCUCUUCUGGUAAAUGGCUGACCCAUGAACUCAUAAGAUCAAGAAUCUCUGAGUUAGGCCUCAACUUUUGUCUGUAGAGAUUGGUUAAUGUGGAAAUGAAGCCAUCAUCAACAUGGGUGACAAAGCGUGGAUAAGCGUAGAAAUCUAUGUCCAGGUAAGUGUUGAGUUUUGUUCUGCCCUCUUGGGGAAGAACAAGACGUUUGAUUUUUCCUGCUGAGGACAGAGAUUGCUUGAUUUCAUUGUUUUCACUUGAAGUGCAUAAAAUUCUUGAUGAUGAGAGCGGCAGAGCUUUGGUCUUGAACUGAGGAGAGAGUGAGGUCUGUGGGUUGCUUGUAAAUUUGUGAGAAAUGGAUGCCAUGGCUUGAGAUUUGGAUGAAUUGUUUGUGGCCAUUGCUUUUGUUAUGAUUGUGACCUCCCGCUGUUCGAGCUUGUCGAGUGACUCCUUGGUCUCCUGCUCUAGGUUUUGAAUUUUGCGCUUGAUGGCCUCAGAUUUCUUCAGUAAAUUCUAUUCAGCAGCUCGGCUGCCUCUUUGCUUGGAAGAGCUCAGCUGCUUUGGUGAGCUUGUGGUGUGGGUCAUGUGGACCUGUGUGGUUGGUUGGCAAUCAAACUGAAAAAAAAAAACAAAACAAAACAAAACAAAACAAAAGAUGAAGCAGUCUGCGCUGGACAUGAGUCAGCACCAGAACACAAGCCUGUGAUUGCGGAUAGGAACAUUUCCUAUGUUAACAUGAAAGCCACAAGAAGGGCCCACACCAUAGGUUUCUCCCACUACAACAAGCUCAGCAACCGGAUCUUCAAUUUCAACCAAAGGGUCAACGCAAGACUGGUGGAGCAUGUGGUGGACAUGCGAGGUACCUAACUUUUGCCUACCUAACCAGCAUUUCACAAUACAGAUAAUUGUCUUUACUUUAUCUAUUCUGCAAUUAUUAUUUACUGUAUGGUGUAA